CAUUGUCCAUUUGACGAUUUCAAUCCUGACUCACUAGUAGUUGUAAAAAAUAAAGCUGACAAAUGCCUUUCGUAUUCUUCGCGAAAUACUUCAGUAGAAAAAUUUAAAAAUUGUAGUUGUUCAAAAAAAUUUGUAAUGACUAGUCGAGUGUAGAUGAAGGAACAUAUUGUGAGCGUUUUGAUGUGGUAAAAGAUGCGUGUAGAGAUACCUGAGUGCAGAAGAUGCUGCUGUUGCUUCCCCUUACGACGCGGUAUUAUUGUUUUAGGGUAUAUAAACUUGGCAAUUUCGAUAUUUCUAGUGGUGAUAGAAAUAGUGAUCAGUGUUAAGUAUGGCAAAACAAAUUAUACCGUGACGUUGUAUAAGGGGCUGAUGUUCUUCUCUCAAGUUUGGUUCGCUUACAUCCUCUUUGCGUCUGAGAUCCUCUUUAAUAUUGUACUUCUUGUUGCAGCACAUACGAAAAAAUCUCGUCUGUUACGAGCGUACUACUACUAUGGGAUCACGAUGACGCUGGCUACCCUUGUUACAUUUAUCACACUUCGUACUGGGGAUAUGUUCAGAAACUAUGGCAGCUAUAUUCUAGAAUCAUGCUUUUUCUUCACUAAUAUAGGACUGCAAGGCUACCUCAUAUUGUUAGUGAGAAGUGAACUUCUUAAGAUGCGCCGGCGUAGUUGUACGUCCUACGUGAACCACGCUGCUGAAAUAUUAGUUGACACUCCUGAACAAACCGGACGAAAUCCGUUUUAGAAAGUUGAGGAGUUUUGUGUGAUAAAAUAUACUUAUAUGUUUCUUUUAAUUCAAAUUAUAGUUAAUUC